AUGGAACAAACCCUUGAAAGCACUAUCAUUAUCAAUAACAAUAUUCCAAGCAAUACCAACGCUCUUCAUGAUGAUGGCCAACACAAACAUGAAACCCGAAAGAGAAAGAAGGGUGCCAUGCAUGUUCUUAGGGUCGCACUCUUCAUAUUGAGAGGACGUUCCCGAAAAUCAAAAGUGCUUCAAGUAAAUGAUGAGUCCAAAAGCAUUUGGAAGAAACUUGUUGGAUCCAUGAGACCCUUGCACCUUCAAAGCGACCAAUCCUCGAGCUCGUUUUCUCAACCUACUAUCACCCUGCCGUCAACGGGCUCCGACGGCUAUGUUUCCGAUAUUCCGGCGUCUGAGGAGGAGCCUUAUUCACCUUCUCCGACUAGCAGUCGUUACGCUUCAGCGGUAGGUUUGAACGAACUGGUGCAGGGUGAUGAGGAGAAUGAAAAGAAAGAGGUGAUUGUGGAGGAAUGUGAAGAACAUGAUGACGGGGAUGAGAUGAUUGAUGCCAAGGCUGAGGAGUUCAUUACACAUUUCUAUGAACAAAUUAGGUUGCAGCGUUUGGAGUCCCUGGAUCGUCGCUACAUAGAGUGGAAUCAGAGGUCAUUAGGCUGA